AUGGCUAGGUUCAUAGCAAACAACAAGGAUUCGUCAACUUUGGAUAUGCUGUUUGCCUUGCAUCUGAGGACGGGAGAGUCUCUCAUAGCCUACUCAUCAAGGUAUUCAAAUACCUAUGCAGACAUUGAAGACUGGGAUGAGAAAACUAUCGUGGCGACCUUUCGUUUGGGGUUGUCUCGGGAUCAUAAGCUGCAGGAAAGCUUGACCAUGCUGGAGGAAGAUAAACAAGGAGAUCGUCAGUUCUCCAACACUCAGGAAGGAUCCCAAAGGAAAGAUAACAAAAGACUAGAGAAGAGUGGACGAGAGAAGGAAUCGUCCAAGGCUCCUAAACCCAAUUCAUACGAAGCGGUAAAGACAAUAUUUAAAGAUCCCAUAUACCGAAUCCUUCCUCAGAUUGCUAAUAAACCAUUCUUUAAGCGACCCAACAAGAUGACUGGAGAUUCGUUGGCUCGAAAUCAAUCCAAAUGGUGUUAUUACCAUAAUGACAAAGGGCCAUAG